AUGACCAAGUCCCCAAAAGAGCUGUCAGCAGCUGUCGGUGCCGGAUGUGUGAAAGGGCUUCAGCUUCCCUUUACCGGACUCACAACUGUGCUACCUGAUCAAUAUCCUAGCGGCAAGGGGAAGCUUUCUGAAAAUAUCACCUCCUAUGCUAGCGUUACCAGCCAGGGAGGGGUCAUUUAUCCGCAGACCACCAUUCUUCCCCGUAGGCGGAAAGCUGAUGCAGACACUGGGGAAGAUGGGUCAGUUGCGUAUUCGAAGGAAAUCUACUCCAUCUGA